GUAUUUCACGUAUCAGUCAGUUAAGCGACUAAUUGUUUAAGACGUCACAAGGUAAUGUUCCCCUUGAAUGGUAUCUCCAAGGUGUCAUCAAUAAAAAACCUUCAUCUUUUAGUCAUAUUAACAUAUAAAGUAUCGUACUGACGUGCUAUUCAAUUGAACCAAGAUUGUCUGGARCACAAGGAUGACUUAUCUGGGAUGCCAGUUUAAAUUCAAUAAGGAUAUGAUACUAAGACUCAAAGUAUUAUACCAAAACUAUCGAUGAUAUUGAUUUAGGAGUCUUAGGAAGUGCAACAUCUUCAGCAACAGUUUUACUGACUUUAUAGGCAUCAUUACAACGAUUUCUGGGUUCCUUCAUUGAUCUCUCUGGCUGCAAGUCAUGGCCAAAAAUCAACACACUUUGCAAUCAGCACUGGAAUCGUUUUGGACUGCGAAUUUUGAAGAAGAUCGGGACAGUGACGCUAGAGUACUGCGUUUCGUGACAACUCUUCUAGAUCCUCUUCUUGUGGAAUUGUUCAAAAGAGAUCCUAUUCUCAACUUUAAUCCACUAAACUCAACAACAUUACACCAAGGACGAACCAGACAUAUCUAUGAAGGGUUUUUAUGUUUCAAGGACUUUACGACCAGUGAAUAUGAACUUUCCAUUGAAGAURGUAACUCGCCAAUUGGGUUUGCGUUCGCCAAGUUGUCAAAUAAGAAGAGUCCUAGUGACGAGUUCUGCAUAACGAGUAACUCGGGCAAGAAGUACCUGUCACCAAAGAUAAUAAGCGAAACGUUACACAGCCAUUUAAGGAUGUUAUUAUCGGAAAAUAUACUCGCUAGCCGCUCCAGCGAGUUUCAGUUUGAUUUAUUAGAGCAGCUCGAAGACAACGCAGUAAUAUUCAAAUUCAGUUCACUGCGGGAAACUUUCAAACUACAUCUAAUACCCACAAUUCCUUGUAAAGGCAGAUGGACGUUUGGCGCCAAUGCUUGGCUUUCGGAAGAGUCUCAUUGGCCAUCGAAGGGCAUGAAACAAGARUCAAUUAACCAAGGUAUCCACCUUGUUGGAAGAAGUUCACCAACAAAGUCACCAUGCCAGUGGCAAAUUGUCUUUCACGAACCUAUGAAAAUGAUGCUUGAAGAUUCGAAUAGCUGCAGAAAUAAAUGCCGGGAUAUUAUGAAACUGAUUUUGAAUCGAUCACAGCCUUUACAGAAAGGAGUAACAUUAUUCCUACUGGAGACUGCGACGCUGAAACUCUACAAAAUGUAUCCGCAGGGAAUUUUUUGGCGGGAGGAAAAGUUUGYACAGAGAUUURUUGAUCUUGUGGAGGAGUUGAGGAAAGCGAUUCGAGCAAGAAAAAUGAAUGAUUUUUUUCUUUAUGAUUUGAAUUUGUUAAAAGAUAUGGAUCAAAAAACAGCUGAAUUGUGUGAUCAGCAAYUGAAGAAACUUCUUGAAGAUCCUGGACAAUUUCUUUUUGAUUUAAAACCACGYGAAGGUAGUUUCCAGGACACUCAUUUAUAGAAUCGAAAUUGAAGAUUGUACUGUUUGUAUAUUUGUACACCUCAUAUUCAUAUACAGCUUAUUUAGAAAACCUUGAAUCAUACUGAAGAUACUGUAUUCAAAGAUCAAAAUACAUUGUUCGUUCUAUCGGCCUUCAGAAGGUGGUUUAGAGUGACUAUACCAGCUCUUUACAGUCAGGAACUUCACUAGGACAAAUUGCUAGGAAGUGACUUAUGCUUAGCUGGAAUUGUCAUUAUUUGUAACCCAGUUAACGUGAUGUUAAUAUCAACAUUGCUUUGCAGUCUCGGGGAUCAGUUUACAGUAUUCAAGGUUUCUGAAAUAACUACAUACAAAUAAAUGAUUAAUACUUUUUUUGAUAUUAAUAAUCAUGAAAUAUAAAUUAUGAAUUUUUUAUAGAUUAUUAUCGUUAAUUGAACAAGAAUGUAAGCAAAUUUUCAUGGACUCGGGACAACAUGUCACUUUGUACAAAACUCGGUCUUCACUCAUUAUUAGAGUUUUGAUUGUUUACUAUAAGUCAGGACGUUAAUUGUCACCGUUUGGUGUUURUCGCUAUACAAUAUAAACACAGAAACAAUUAUUUUAAUUUGAAAAGGAAAUUGUCAAGACAAUGUUGACAUACUGACGAUAUCGGAAAGGUGCAGCGACGCCAUUUUAUACGACAAAGCAUGAUGGGAGUGAUAUUUCAUACAAAGAAAAAAAUGCUGAAACUGUUUCUACAAGGGAUUGUGGGACAUUUCCUGUUCUAGUAAGCAACUUUCUCGCACAAGUUAUCACGAUUCUUGGACAGAAACACGUUAAAAGUGCAUAGGUGCCAUAAUAGUAUAUGGGGGUCUUUAUGGCUCAUUAUUUAUGGUUACACUGUCCCACUUUUGAUGACGUGGCGAAGAGC